GGAAGGAGCUAGACUACAUAUAAUGUUGGCUGGCAUAACCAUAUAAUGUCUGUCAGCACUGACUUUAAGACACCUGUGUGACUCAGCCACUCCUGCCUAUGGGACAAGGUCAGGGGAAGCCACUGUAUCAGAAAUGAGUCAUUCUAAGGAGCACUCUGACUCUGAAAGUGUCAUGGAGAGCAGACCAGCAUCCUCUACACAGAGUUAUGUGUCCAUCAAGAGUGAUCGUUCUAAAGGUGACAUGCCUAACUUCAGAGAGAGAGAGCCGCCCUCUGACCAAAGUGUCAUGGAGAAAAGAUCAGCAUCCCCUACACAUAGCAGUGUGUCCAUGAAGAGUGAUCGUUCUAAAGGUGACAUGCCUGACUUCAGAGAGAGAGCGCCGCCCUCUGACCAAAGAGAGCAAUGGAGAAGAUGUGAACCAAAACCCAGUGGUCAAAAUGUAGAGCAACAUGAUCUAAAACACAUUUUCCAGGUGCUUGAGAAGAAGAUCAACACCUUUGUGAAGAAUGAGCUGAAGAGAUUUAAGGGGAUUCUGAGUCCAGAUUACAAAGAAAACUUUGAGAAGAAAGAGGAGGAUGAGAGUGAUGCCAGAGAAGGAGCUCUUAAGAUGGCACUCUAUUUCCUUUGGAAGAUGGAGAAGAAAGAUCUUGCUGACAUUCUACAAGCUCAUGAACUGGAUGUAGUUUGUCAGGCUGAGCUGAAAAGAAAUCACAAAAGGAAAUACCAGAGUGUAUUUGAAGGAAUACCCAAGCAAGGAGGCUCUGCUUUGCUAGAACAAAUCUACACAGAGAUCUACAUCACAGAGGGAGGAAGUGGAAAAGUAAAUGAGGAGCAUGAAAUCAGGCAGAUUGAGUCCAAAUCCAAGAGACCAGCUGGGCAGGAGACACCAAUCAAAUGCAAUGACAUCUUCACACCCUUACCUAAAGGCUCACCAAUCAGAAGAGUUAUCACAAAGGGGGUAGCUGGCAUUGGAAAAUCUAUCUCCGUUCAGAAGUACAUCCUGGACUGGGCUGAGGGAAAUGAAAACCAGGACAUCCACUUCAUCUUUCCACUGCCUUUUCGGGAGUUGAACCUCAUUAGAGAAGAAAAAUGCUCUUUGAUAGGUCUUCUCCACAAAUUCUUUUCAGAUAUUAAAGAGCUCACGUUUGACAGCCAAAGAAAGUAUAAAAUGCUCUUUGUCUUUGAUGGUCUGGAUGAAUGUCGACUCCAACUAAACUUUCAGAAAAAUGAAUCUUUGACUGAUGUGACACAGGUCACUUCGUUGGACGUUCUCCUGACAAAUCUCAUCAAGGGUAAUCUGUUCCCUUCUGCUCUACUUUGGAUCACCACUCGACCAGCAGCAGCCAAUCGAAUCCCUCCUGAGUGUGUUGACCGUGUCACAGAAGCUCAAGGGUUCAGUGACCCUCAGAAGGAGGAGUAUUUCAGGAAGAGGAUCAUUGAUGAGGAUCUUGCUGGCAGCAUAAUUUCUCACAUUAAAUCUUCAAGGAUGCUCCACAUCAUGUGUCAUAUACCAGUCUUUUGCUGGAUUGCUGCCACUGUUUUUGUGGAGAUUCUGGGAUCUUCAAAAGAUGAUCAGAUUCCAAAGACGUUAACAGAGAUGUAUACCUAUUUUCUUAUUUUUCAAACCAUGCAGAGGAGCCUGAAGUUUGAAAAUAUGCAUGAUGUUGAUCCACAGUGGAACCACGGCAUCAUCCUUGAUCUUGGAAAGCUGGCUUAUGAGCAGUUAGAGAAAGGCAAUCUGAUCUUUUAUGAAGAAGACCUCAAAGAGAGUGGCAUUGACAUCAGAGAGGCAGCAGUAUGCUCUGGCAUCUGCACCCAGAUCUUUCGAGAAGAAUCAGGGAUUUAUCAGGGAAAGGUGUUCUGCUUUAUGCAUUUAAGUAUCCAAGAGUAUCUUGCAGCUUUGUAUGCAUUUUUGAUGGUGGUAACUGAAAGGAAAGACAUAGUCUCCCAACAUCAAGCUCGGUGUCCUUCAGUGGAGGAAUCCAUGGUCCUUUUACACAAGAGUGCAUUGGACAAAGCCUUAGAGUAUGAGGAUGGACGCUUUGACCUAUUUCUUCGUUUCCUUCUUGGCCUAUCUCUGGAGUCUAACCAGGCUCUCUUGCGUGGACUACUACCAAAAAGACCAAAUCAGAUGGACAAUAAGGAAACAAUCGGUUACAUUAAGGAAAAGAUUAGAGAGAUGCCUGCAUCAGAAAGGGUGAUCAACCUCUUCCACUGUCUGAAUGAAAUCAAUGAUCACUCCUUAGUGGAGGAGGUCCAGAGCUUCCUGAGUGCAGGGACACUUUCUGAAGCAACUCUCUCACCUGCCCAAUGGUCAGCUCUAGUGUUUGUAUUGAUGACAUCACAACAGGAGCUGGAUGUGUUUGAUUUGAGGAAGUACAUCAGAUCUGAUGAAGCUCUGCUAAGGCUGCAGCCAGUAGUGGAGGAAGCCCAAACCACUCUGUUGACAAGUUGUAGACUUACUGAAAGGAGCUGUACAACUCUGGCAGGUAUCCUGAGCAAAGCAUCCUCCAAGAUGAAACAUUUGGAUCUAAGUGACAACCGUAUUGGAGAUACGGGGGUCCAAGAACUCUGUAAUGGACUGGAGAACCCAAACUGUGCACUGGAGACACUCAGGCUUGAUUACAACAGCAUAACAGAAGAUGGCUGUGCUGCUCUGACUUCAGCUCUGAGAUCAAACCCCUCACACCUGAUAGAGCUGAAUCUGAGUGGGAAUAAACUGGGAGACUCAGGAGUGAAGCACAUCACUGCCCUACUGGAGAAACCAGACUGUAAACUGGAGAAACUGGAACUGUUGGCCUGUAAUAUAACAGGAGAAGGAUAUGCUGCUCUGGCUUCAGCUCUGAAAUCAAACCCCUCACACCUGGUAGAGCUGGACCUGAGAGGAAAUGACCCUGGAGACUCUGCAGUGGAGCUGCUCACUGAUCUCUAUAAUUUACUUAAUGAUCCAAAAUGUAAACUUCAUACUCUGAGGCUGUUGAAGAGUGAUUCUGCAGAGGAAGCCUUUGCGUAUCUCACUCAAGUUCUAGGUACAAACCCCUUACUGCAGACAGAGCUGGAUCUGAGUGAGAAGAGACCAGGAGACUCAGGAGUGAAGCAGUUCUGUGCCCUGCUGGAGGACUCACAUUGCAGAGUGAAGAAACUUGAGCUUGAGAACAGCUGCAUAAGAGAAGAAGGCUGUGCUCAUCUGACUAAAGCUCUCACAUCAAACCCCUCACACCUGAUAGAGCUGGAUCUGAGUGGGAAUAUACUAAGAGACUCAGGAGUGAAGCUCAUCUCUGCUCUACUGGAGAAUCCAGACUGUAAACUGGAGAAACUGCUGCUUAAUAACAACAACAUAACAGAAGAGGGCUGUGCUCAUCUGACUAAAGCUCUCACAUCAAACCCCUCACACCUGUUAGAGCUGAAUCUGAGUGGGAAUGAACUAAGAGACUCAGGAGUGAAGCACAUCUCUGCUCUACUGGGGAAUCCAGACUGUAAACUACAGAAACUGCUACUUAAUAACAGCAACAUUACAGAUCAGGGCUGUGCUCAUCUGACUAAAGCUCUCACAUCAAACCCCUCACACCUGAUAGAGCUGAAUCUGAGUGGGAAUGAUCUAGGAGACUCAGGAGUGAAGCACAUCUCUGCUCUACUGGAGAAACCAGACUGUAAACUACAGAAGCUGCUGCUUAAUAUUAACAACAUAACAGAUCAGGGCUGUGCUCAUCUGACUAAAGCUCUCACAUCAAACCCCUCACACCUGUUAGAGCUGGAUCUGAGUGAGAAUAAACUAGGAGACUCAGGAGUGAAGUACAUCUCUGCUCUACUGGGGAAUCCAGACUGUAAACUACAGAAACUGAGGCUUACAGACUCCAGCAUAGACACAGAAGGAGGUGCUGCUCUGACUUCAGCUCUCAGAUCAAACCCCUCACACUUGAUAGAGCUGAAUCUGAGUUGGAAUACGCUAGGAUACUUUGUGAAGAGGAAACUGUCUGCUUUAGUGAAAGAUCCAAACUAUAAACUACAGACACUGAGGCUCGAAAGUAGGCCUAGUGUCAUGGAUGUUAUCAUGGGUGUUUCUCUUGGGGGUUUGGGCAUCAGUGGUUCCAUCGGAACCGCAGUUGCCGCAGCUGCUCUCGGAGGUGCUGUCGGAGGUGUUGUCGGAGGUGCUGCCGGAGGUGCUCCCUUGUUUGCUACUCCGGGUGUUGCUGCCGUAGGUGCCACGGAGGUUUUGACAGUGAAAAAGUGUGCCGUAUCUGGUAAGACAGAGACUAGGAGUGGCAGUGAGGGUAAUACGGAGACCAGGGGUGGCAGUGAGGGUAAUAUGUAGGAUAUACUGUAUAUAAUGUAGUAAUAUAGGGCUCAGAUGUGCCAGUGUGGGUAAUAUGGAGCCCAGAGGUGCCGGUAAGGGUAAGAAGGAAAAAAUUAGAUAGUGUCUGACACUAGACCCUUUCACACUGACAAAUAUAACAUUAUAUUACCUAAUUUAACGUUAAGGCUGUUCCUUUCACACUGACCGACACGGGGAGGGGAGUCAGCCCACCCCGGCAAUGAACCCAUCUCAAGGGGUUGUUUUAUUGCUGAGGCGGGCUCAGUGUGAAAGGAACUGGUCAACCCUGCGAUUAGGGGGGUGUGACUGAUGAUGUGUAUGGCAAGGCAGGAGGUUAAAAGACAGGAAACAGCGGGUCAGAAUAACACAAGAGACGAGGACAGCUUUAGGUGCUGUGUCCACCAAUCGCGUUUUUUAUGCUGACAGCGCCCUCAACCUCCUUUUCUCGCCGCUUCGGUCAAGUGUUUAUUGUUGCUUUGUUACCAAAACCGUCUGCCAGUACGUCUUUUUGGAACCUUUGCCUAUUGCUAGCUAACUAGCCAACGAGGUAGCUGAAAUGGCAGCAGUCGUUCAGGACUCAGCACACUAAAAUAUGACUUUGACAGACAAAGCGCUUAUUUGACAUUCAAAUAAAAUCGGUAAUUCCCCUAGGCUUUGUAAUUUGCGUUCGGUUUGCAGCAGCGGUUUAGUAUUUAGUCACAUAAGACUUGGCUGAUUGAGUUUUCCUCAGCCAUUACCAACUUUGUUCACAGUGUAGGUCCCCCUGUGAACGCUGAACUACAUAGACUUUAUAUUGAAAAUUGUCGCCGUCGGCGGAAAAAAAAAUGUGUCCCGCCAUCAUUUAAAAACUAAACCACGUAGCAUGACAGUUGUGUUUAUCCAGAGACGAUUGAAAAAGGAUCUAUGGUUUAUCUGCAGACUGUACAAAAUAGAUUUAUCUCCGAGGCAUGGUUAGACAUCAUUGUUCACGCCCAGCUUUGCGUGUGAUGCGCUGCUAGACAGCGCCUCCCAAAACUCGCCUCAGAUCUCGGCUUCAGACAACCUGGGACCAAAAUACGUCUACCUUUCAUACAGCGAAAUCCCCCUGAGCCCGCUAUUUCUGUAACGCGAAUGUAACGUUUCUCAGUGUGAAAAGGGCUACUGAUUAAAGUAAUGUCUUUACCAGAUGGCUCUAUUUGAUAAAAUGUCAAGAAUAGUCUGAACAGUUUAGGUUCAAAUGUAUGUCAACGUAGGAAGAACAAUACAGGCGGAGGUCUGCGCUCUCUGAGUGCUUUUCUAGUUUGUCCAUAUUAUUCUUUUGUUUCUUUGUUUUGUUUGUUGACAUACUGUACACAGUCAGUGUGGAAUUUUGUUGUAGGGAUAGUGUGUACCGUCCAUGAAAGCUGUGAGAAACAUAACUAGAGCAGGUACACGUCCAUAUUAUAGCGUAACUAAUAUGUUUUUAGAUUGAGUUAUAUGAUAAAUUCUCUCAUUCACUUCAACAAAUGUGUCCAUUUAACUUUGUGUUGUUUACUGUUUGUGUUCCCCUCCAAGAGGUUACUUACAAAUAUAUUCAUUAAACUGAGAAGAUUAUAUUUUUUUAUCCAUAAAGCUGAUUAUGUAUAAUGUUUAAUAUAAUAUGUGGACUGUAAA